AUGGACAAAUCUUCGUCUCUUGUAAGUAAGGCAUUGCGGCCCAUGGAGAUGACGUCUCUGUGGACGUUUGCAUCUGCCUUGGCCUUGUUGAAAACGGCGCCCGAAGACUACAUCAGCGAUGCGCUAGACGACUUUUUGAUCCACAACAACGAUGUUUUGCUUUCCCCAUUGCCGUUUGAGCGCACGGACAAGUCCAAGCCGCUUGAUAAAUCUACAAAAGACUUCACACUACGUGGCGUCUUGUACACGGGCGUGACACCGAGUCUAGUGGCCACAGCCACGUCGGUGGCCGAGUUGUGCCAUACAGACUUUAAAGAAACGCUCCGGGUGAUUUUGCAGACCAUUGCAAGAGUUCCAGAGCUUCUGCAGCCUGAAAAGAGCGCCGGGUCUAUUCUGUCGCGUUUGCCCAACGAGGAAGAUGCUGCCGUUGAAAGAGACCGCGUUUCCUUCUAUGCCUCUGUUUUGCUCAAGGAGAGAAGAACCGUGCUCCGCGUGACAGCUGAAUGCUUCAAUAAUAGGUUCAACGAGUACUACUCGUCCACCGUUCGAAAUCUCGGAAAGUCGCUCGCCGGAGAAUCAAGCUACACCGUCAGGUUGGUGGGUACCGCCCAAGCUGUGAUGCGGCGCACUUUGCUGACAGAAACCUCGUCUGACUUGGAAUCUCUGGUCAUUACAGAGAACGUUCUUGCUUGCGUGGACAUUUUGAAGCUCAUUUGCGAGAUACUAGUUUCAAGCCCAGCCAUUGACAAGUCUGUGGUCCAGGCGUGGUUCCUGUUUAUGGAAAGCUCAAACUUUGCUCAUUCUUUGGGCUCGGUCAUAGCAGACAAGGAGCUUUUCACGUUGAUCCAAGCCCUCUGCACCAUCGUCUCCUUGCAAGUGUUUGACUUGUCCUACUCGCAUGGCAACACAGCCCCAAAUCUGUAUCUUGAAGACGGAUCGGUCUUUUUGCACAUCGACAAUGUUAUCCGAGAUCAGGAUCCCAAUGACAUCAUCAAGUACGCGUGGCUCAUUAUGCUCUACAAAAAGUCCAUCAUUCUUGAAGAGUUCCCGCAAGAACAAACGCAAUUUCUUUCAGCCAUGCGUCUUUCGCAAGUUCAAAAGAGUAUGGCUGUGCUUCAGCAAUCUUUGGAUGGAUCCAAGGUGUUUGAAGAAGUAAGAUCACUCAACGAAUUUCUCAAGUUUGAUAAUGUUUUCGCUGUUGUUUUGUCCAAUUUGAUAAUGACUGCGUUGCCUUUGGUUUCCAUGUCUUCAAACUUUGCUUCCUGUGUUGCUGAAGUUUUGCGUGCUGCCCCAAACAGCUCUGUGGAAAAGUUUUUCGAAAACCAACAAGCUGUCAAUGCAUUGAUUUUGGCUCGCGCAAAGUUUCCCAUUUCUUUAGAGCCUUACCUCAAAUUGGCAUCCAUCAACGGAAAUUUUGCAUUGCACGAGUUCGAAGAGCUCAAGUCUUACAUGGCUGUCUUUGAUAAGACCGAGUUCGGCCGCAUGUACGAUAUUGACUCGGAAAACACAGAUCUUGUGAAGACUUCUCAAAUCAUCAACCUAUAUCCUCCCUUUGAAGUGAAUCACAAGUUGUCCUUUUUAAUGAAUUACGACACAAAGGCUAAAAUCGUCCCAACUGCGGAUGAAUCUAAAAUCUUGGUGACUUUCCUUCAUAAAUACAAUGGGUGGGCAUUCCUAGGAAGAGUCCUCCAAAACAUAUCGAAAGUGUUUGAUAUUGCCGACCAGGAAAAAACCUCCAUUUUACAUGAUAUGCUCGAUGUUCUUAUUGCCACAACGGAGCAGAAUCCUCCAGAAAGUAUACACGUGGUCUUGGAGUAUAUGUCAGCAUACAUUGAUGAUUCAGAUAUUGUUGAUGUUCUUUUCAGGCUUUUUGAGCAAGGAUUACACAACAGAAGUAUCGAAUUACUGGAAAAACUUCUUCGUCUUUUCACCAGUAUGAUGCCAGUAAUCUCGCAUAGAAUUUGGCCAUACUUGUCCGCAUCCUCACUUUUGCCAAGCAAGGGAAAAGAAGGGUUCCACUCGAUAUUGUUCGGAUCUGUCGAGAUGACGAAAGGUGAUUACCAAUUCACUACAGCGUUGGUGAAAUUUGUGUUUUCUCUUUCUCAAAAUUGUCUAUCUUUACAAACAGAUUAUCCUCUAGAGUCUAAGAGUGAGUUGUUCUCCUGCUUCAUUGAGCAUCUUCUCUUUGUGUUUGAGAGCUACACUGGAUGCAAAUUCAAUGACGGCUUCCAGAAACUUGAACUAGGUGUUUUGAUUUUGGACGUCCUUAGGCAGACUUUAGAAUCCAUUCAUUUGAUCGAUCCUGGUGUUGACUCGCAUAAGAAGGCUACACAUGUUUUUGCAAAUGCGUCAGAACGUAUUGUGGAUGUCUUCCUUUCGACUGAAACCAAAUUCAUCCGUUCGGCAACGCCAAUUUUAAUGAUGAUUGAUUCGGUGGCAAAGUCUGUCAACUACUAUGAGGCGAAAGACUUUUCAGGUUUCUUUGCGGACGUUUGGAUCCAUUCCGCAUUGUCCUUCUCUCGUCUUCUUGUCACCAUCAGAAGCACUAUCAAUGGUGUUCCUUCUGCAUUUGAAAAAGAACUUUUUGCGAGAUUGCCCCAACUCGUUACUGUCUAUUCCCGUGGAGGACAUUUCAGAAAGUUGACUUUGGACUUAAUCACCGCUCUCACCAAUGGAGUCUGGCAACAUGAACCCAUGCCUUCAAUGUUAUCCCACCUCGGCAGAGAACACUCUCGCAUUUUCUUAAAUUCUUUGGCGGUUGAUUUGGACAAUGCUUUUGACGAUUACACCAUCAAAAUUUCCAUUUAUGACUUCCUCUGUGCCAUAAUGGAAGCCAAUCAGCAAGGUCUUGCCAUUUUAUUUAUUAGCGGAAGAGACGUAUUUGGCGAAUUCACUAGUGAGACUAAAACAGAUGCGCAACUGGUUGUAUCUUUGCUUUCUAUCUUGAGAAGAAACGUGAAGAACAUAAAAUAUUAUCCUCAUUCCGUUACUGUGCAUCUUCUUGACGCCAUUUCUUUGGCAUUCAAUUCCUGGACUACCGAAAGAGAUGAAGAAAGCGAUGUUUCUUUCGUCGAAGAAUUAGUGACAAUGUUGGGUAAUUUUGAGAAGGACGCAAACCCUUCCGACAGCUAUGAUUUCAUCGUUGCUUCUUAUCAGAGCAAACUUUACUCCAAGGUUGCUGAAAUUUUGUCGUUGGUAUUGUUCACAAGCAAGAACGAUAAGUUUAAACAGUCCAUCGGCAAUCUCCUUUCCCGUGAAGACUUCUUGAGUAAAUUGCCGGAGAUGUUUACUAUCAAAAAUUUUCAAAUGACCCUUUACGACCAAGUGGCAUUACAGUUUAGUAAUGUUUUUCCUGACCAUAAGCUUACGCAGUUUGCAGUGGCAAUACAGAAAAGAAACCGGUUUGGCAUUGGUGCUGUUUAUGACCUCAUUCUAAUGGAUACGCUUUUCCAAAGACAUCCGAAGUGGAAAGAUCUCAGAGACCAAAUCAUAUACUCCAGUGCCAAUAUCCAAUACUUCAAUGCUCAAUUGGCUUUAGCCAAAUCUCUUGGUGCGCUUAUCACGGCGUUUUGUCGCAAGGUCCCUACUAAAAUCCCAAGAGAGUAUUUGGGACUUGUCCCUAAACUAUUGAACAUUCGCGAUCCAAGAGAUAGUUAUACGGAACCUUUCCUCGUCCAGCUGACUGCAGAGCGAGUUGAACUUGGCUUCUUGAUUUCAUACACUAUGAACAACAUGGAAACCGUGAAAAAGUCGCCGGAAACAGCUUUAGACAUUAUUGAAGCAUGCGGAGAUUUGAUGAGAACCACUGAGUUUUCCGACACCAAUGGUCAAGGCGUACCACAACGUUCGUUACUCCGUCUCAUAUAUGUGGCUCUUUCUGAGCUCAAAGAUGAGUACGAGCUUUUGAUUGCCAGGUUUAGCGUGCUCAACGAUGUUUUCGACACCGUGAUUGCUCGACGCACAAAGAGCAUUGUGAGUGAACUUCAAAACGAGGUUUAUUUAUCUCGGACACAGAAGAAGCGGGCUCAGGGCAACCUCGAACUUCGGUUCGACGACAUGAAGCUAAUUUUGUCCAUAAUGAAAUGCUUCCUUCUGUUGAACCUUUCUCUGUCGCUUCUUGACGAUCUAGCUGAAUGUCUAGCUAAUGCGGGCACAGUGGAUUCCUUGCUCAGUUUCUAUCUGUUCUCGCAUUUGAUCUUAGUGAACGAAGAGCCGGUUUGUGCGCAGCUCAGCUUGAUGUUUAUCCAGCAACUAUUGGCUGUGGACACCUUUGCGGAGCGCUUUGUUGGCCGGAAUAUUUUUAUGGUCAUCCGUGAAAGUGUGAUCUCACAGGCUUUACGUGGAGGUGGCAUCACGAUCUCGAACGCUCCGGCCAUCUACAAAACAUGGACUAGUGGUAUUUUGCCCAUUUUGGUCGGCGCCCUAGUGAAAACGGCCCAACUUUCGGAGGUUGUGGCUACAAUCCGCUGUUUUAGUAAGCAGAUCGAGUCGUGUAUUGAAAGUUGGGCUCGCGAGCUGGCGUCUCUUCAAAUUUCGACUGCUGGAACAUGGGAAACAACGCAAGUGUUGCUUCUUUAUCAUAUGCUUCGAGCAGUGGCAACAAAAUAUUUGGACAACGAUGCAGAGGCCAACGUUCCCAUGCCUGGGCUUGAAAGCCAGCAAAAACGUGAUGAUUUUGUGGACUACAUCAACAACUUACUCAAGCAUCCCAAGUUUCUCUCGUCUAGAGUUGUUCCUAGCAAUGCAGAGGAAGCUGCAGUGAUAAAAGCUGGCGGAGCACCUAUGCAGAAUCUUGUGUCUGGGUUGGUGGAGGACAUUGGCGAGUUGAAGCAGUAUUUGUUGUGA